AUGGAAAUGAUGAGAACCGGAACACAGUCUGGUGGACCGUCCGGUUCUACAGUGAACAACCAGGCCGAGUGGAGCUUGGAGAGUUUUCUCCAACACCGUCCGGCCAAAUUCAAUGGGAAAUGCAGUGCGGACGAAGGCGACCACUGGUUAAGAGAUAUGGAAAAGAUCUACAAUACCAAGAGAUGCCCGAAUGACAACAUGUUGACGUAUACUGAGUAUCAACUGAUUGGUGAGGCUAGUCAUUGGUGGAGCGCAUUGAGGAUGAUGUUAGAGGAUGAACGAGUUCCUAUCACUUGGGACUUGUUCAAAGAGAAAUUUUACGGAGAAUACUUCCCCGACAACGUUCGGUUUGCCAAGGAAGUAGAAUUCCUCCAACUGGUACAAGGAGGAAUGACUGCGACUGAGUAUACCGAUCGCUUCAAGCAUCUCGUACGGUUCUACACUAUGGGAAUCAAUGAAGAGUGGCAGUGUAGGAAGUCUGAGAAUGGGUUGAAGCCAGACUUGAAGGUGAUGAUAUCCAACCUAUGCAUCAAGUCGUUUCCAGUAUUGGUUGAGUGA